AUGGUUACAUUCACCGGAGAUGACGUUCGGGCACUGUUUUCCCACUCCACCCAUCAGCACGCACUUAAGCCGGUAGACACGGAGAAGCUGUUCCGGUGCGACGGCUGCAAGCAGCUCGGCGACGAGCUCAGACUCCGGUGCGAGCAAUGCGACUUCGACCUCCAUGUAUGCUGCGCCCAAGCGCCGGCGCGCAUCGAGCCCUCGAUGUUGGAGGGCCGUGCGCUCACCUUCUUCAACAGCCGUCCCGCGACGGCGACCCAUGCAGGCGGUAUUAUUCCGCUGUGCGACGUCUGCGGGGACCCGGUGCGCGGCUUCCUGUACCACAACGGCGUGCACGAUAUCGACCUCCACCCUUUCUGCGCAAUCCUGCCGAAGCGCACGAGCAUGGGGGAGGACGACGGCGUCAUGCUGGAACUCCACAACGCCGCCGGCCAUAACUGCGAGUUGUGCGGGAAGGAUGGGAAGCGCGGCCGGUACUUGUCAUACCGAUUCCAGCGUGACGACGGCCAGCUUGUGCACAUCCACGUGGCUUGCUUGAUGGAGGCGAACUACUCCCCGCCGCAGAACAGGCCCAGGAGGAGGUCCGGCAAGUUCAAGCGUGUCUGCAAAGCCGCAUUCAUCGUAGCGAGGGUGAGCUACGCAGUCACCACUAUGAAUCCGGUGGGGGUUGUCACAGCGUUUCUGUAA